AUGUUACAGUACCAACACCCUCGGGCCAUCACAACACCACCAGCUCGUGAUAACACCUGGAGACAAAGCACGUUGGUAAAAGUGAAGGAUAAGACCAUUCUUUGGAGAUAUUUGGUGUGCUCGCGCGAAGGUUACAAACACCAUUCAAACGCUGGCCAAAGAAUACCCAGCGAGAGUCAGGUAAUAAGUCAUAGAGUAUCCAAUCGGGUGGGAUGUAAUGCCCGGAUUGUGUUGCGUGUUUAUGGAGUCGAGGGCUACGUAGUUAAAUUUUUUGAGGAAAGGCACAAACACACCAUGACCCCUGAAGAAUGCAGAGCACAUUUGAAGAUCAACAGGAUAAUGACCGCGACACAUCAAGGAUUUGUUCUCAAUUUCAUAAAAGAAAAUAUAGGGCCCACAAAGUCGUUCAAGCUGUACAAAGAAAUUGUUGGGGGAUAUACGCAUAUUGGUGCCACCAAUGUAGACUUUAAAAACUUCAAGAGAGAACUCCUUGCAUACAUUUUAGGAGCCGAUGCUCAGAUGGUGAUAGAUAAGUUUUAUAAACUGCAGGAGAACAGUUGGACAUUCUAUUUUCAGUACGAACUGGAUGAUAAAGAACGCUUACGGAGGCUUUUCUGGGCUGAUCCAAUAUCAAGGCGAAACUACGGCUCUUUCGGGGAUGUUGUGUCCUUUGAUGUCACGUAUAGCACCAACAAGUAA